AUGUCGAACGCCGACUGGAAGGCAGAGGUUCGGCGCCGGGAGGUUGUUACCACCGACCGGCGGAAUAGGCUCAACGCCAAGAGGGCCCGGCACAGGGCGGCGGCGGUGGAGCAGGUAGAGGCGUCUCGCGCAGGGAUGAUGAAUCCACCCGGCGGCCACGCCCCGCAAGCUGCCUGGAGCCAGCAGAGCGUAAGGUCGCCGGCCAUCUUCUUGUCGUUGCCACAGCCCUGGGGGUGCGCACCAUCGCCUGGCUACACCGGCGACGACGCACAUGGCGGAUUCAACCCCAACAUCACCUUUCCGCAUGGCCACCGCGCCUCACCCUCCAGUCUGAACCCCGACCAGCGCACGCACUCGCCCGCGUUCACCGACGUCCAGUACCCCCGUACACCGCCUCUGUGCCGUGGCGCCUUGCACUUCUCGCAAGCCUCGUCGUUGCAUUUCAGCAACCCCGACGCGACGGAAGCCGGCAUGGAAGAGAUCAUCACGAGCGGCUCGGCCGCCGCCGCCUCCCCCGGGUUCCAGGCGCAAGACGAUACAACGGACCUCGCCGGCGACAUGGACGACGAGCUCGACUAUGGCGAGGAGGAGGAGGAGCCGGCGCCUGCGCCGGCGAGGAAAGGAAAAAGAAGAAGUGGCGGGGGGGGCAGGACCGGCGAGCCACGCGUCAAGUGGGCGUCUAAAGAAGACGAGUGCCUCGCCGAAGCAUGGAAGACCGUUUGCCUCGACCCGAUCACCGGCAUGAACCAGAACGCCGACACGUACUGGGAGCGCAUCAAGUCGGAGUUUGAUGAGCGCAAAUUGGUCGACCCCUACUUCGCCACCAUCCACAUGAAGCGCGGCUCGAAGGCCAUGGCGAACCAUUGGGCGAUCAUCCAAACGGCCUGCAACAAAUGGCAUGGGAUCGCCGAGGAGAUCGCAGCUCGCCCGAAAAGCGGCGCCAACGUCGAGAGUCAGAUGGUUCGGAUGUUCGCCAUGUACCGCCAGGACAGCAACACCGACCAAGAGUUCAAGUACCUCCACGUGUUCUCGCGGAUCGAGAAGUGCGAGAAGUGGACGGAUAUCCGGCGCAUCCUCGCCAAGGCCAAGGAGACGUACAAGCCGGACGCGCCCACGCCGGGGGCGGCGGAUGGUCGCCCUGACGGCAACAAACGAGCCAAGACGACGAAGGACGCUGCACCGGCUACCGAGCAGCUGCACGCGUCCAUCGAGCAGUGCAUUGCCGACGCCAAGAACCACGCCGCCCGGAGGGAAGAGAAAUCCGAGGUGCGGUGGUCACCGUUGAUGACGAACAACGCCGUCAAGCUUGACCUACUCCGGACCAAUGUCGCUGCGAAGAAGAAGAACACCAACCCGGCAUUCCUGAUGGGGGCGGAUAUGUCGACGAUGGACGAGCAGGUCAAGGCGUGGUACUUGACGGAGCGCGGCCUCAUCUUGAACCAGAUGUUGUCGACGAACGUGCCAACUCCCACGCCGACCCCAACGCCGCCGCCAAGCCCGAGUGAUGAUGUCUCCACGACGCCCAGCACAGAAGCCGCGCCGACGCCGACCAGCCCGAGCAUGCCGACUCCCGCCAGUCCGACGCCGGAGGAGCACGCCGCCGUUUGA